AGUGCAAUCUCAUUCAUUCCCACUUCAACUUUGUUUUCAUUUCAUGUGUCUAGAUUCUUGGCUGGGUGCUAGCUAGGAACCAACAACAAACAAAAAAGCCUUCUAUUCUAUCCUACUAGGCCCUCUCUCUUUUCUCAUACUAAUAAAACCCAAAUUAUCAACACUAACACCACACUUGUCUUUCCUUAAUCCACCUUCUUUCUCUCUCUAUACCUACGGAGGUGAGUCUUAUUUCAUAUAAAAUAUAUUCUCCAUUUUUUUACCUUUUUUGAAAAAUAUUUCUACCCAAAAAACCAAUAUUCCCAUUAGUGGUCCUAUAUAAACAGUUAAAGCACAUCCUUAGAUUUCUGAGAAUAGUAUUGAUUAGUGAAAUUCGGUUGUUGGUGAGAUUAUAAGAAUAAUCACACACAAUAAAUAACAGUAUCUCAUAUAUAUCUUUGUUUAAGUUUUGUUCUUGUAUUAGAUGGUGUUGAAUUAGGGUUUAGCACCACAACCAUACUUAAACACACAAUUAUCAAUAAUUGAUUAUUGUUUAAGGUAGAGAGGUUAUUCUAAUUUAGAUCUCUCACACACCUUCAUCACAAUAAGGUUAAUGGAAACAAACAUGUCACCAACAACUUUAGGUUACAAUAGAGAUUCUUCUUCUUCUUCACCAACUCCACCUCAAACAAACACAUUAGUCUUCAGUAAUCCACCACAAAAUUCACACCUCAACAACAAUCUUCAUCCAGAUCCAGAUCUAAUUGUUACAACAAGCACUUCUACUAUCCCAAUAACACCACAACAGACUACAACAACAGCAGCAGCAACAACAACUGCAACAACAUCAGCAACAACAAUAAUAUGUUAUCGAGAAUGUCUGAGAAACCACGCGGCAAGCAUGGGAAGCCACGUGGUAGAUGGAUGUGGCGAGUUUAUGCCAAGCGGUGAAGAAGGUACCCCACAAUCAUUCAAAUGUGCUGCUUGUGAUUGUCAUCGAAACUUUCAUCGAAAACAUGUCCAAUUACCACAACAUCAACAGCAGCAGCAACAAGAACAACAACAAGAACGACAACAUCAACAACAAACGCAACAUGUUGUUAACAACGGUCACAUACUUCAGUUUAACACACCGUCUUCAUCAUCUCAGAGAUUCUCACACCCUACUACUUCCGGACAUGUUCCACCGUUGAUGAUGACUUUCGGAUCAGGUCCAGCUGAAUCAUCAAGUGAAGAUCUCAACAUGUUGGGUGCACAAUUCUCAACACAGACGCAGCAGCAUCAGCAGCAGCAACAGGCUUCUAAGAAGAGGAUAAGGACGAAAUUCUCACAGCUUCAAAAGGAUAAGAUGAUGGAGUUUGCUCAGAAGAUUGGGUGGAAGAUCCAGAAACAUGAUGAACAAGAAGUUCAACAGUUUUGUUCUCAAGUUGGUAUCAGAAGACAGGUUUUCAAAGUUUGGAUGCAUAAUAAUAAACAAGCUAUGAAAAAAACAGGAAAUAUGCAGAUAGUUGAGAUGUGAAGAAAGUUUCUUUAAGAAAGGUGAAAGCGGAUUACUAAGAUAAUUUAUGUGAGGUGGGAGGAUGUGUGUAGACUUAUGAGGGAUAGUGAUUUAGGGGUCAAGGAUCUAAGAUUUGUGACUUUGGUGCUGUUGAAUAAGUGGAGGUGGAGGAUUCUUGAAGAUAAACAAUUUUUGUGAAAUAUAUUGUUUCUUCUAGAUAUGGAACUCAGGUGCGUGGUUCCUCGUUAAGUGGUUGGGUGGUCUAUUUAUGGAAAGCAUUUUCAUGGUGGUGAGAAGAUUUCCUUGUCGAUUCCUUACUUGAUCACUAGCUUGACUGGUUCGCAUUUUCUUGUUUCAACGUGAUUUCAUUACUAGUUCUUAACAUAAUAUUUGAGUAGAGAAGUUUCCGUUAUGUGUCUCUUUUGAGAGGUAUUUUCUCAUCUCAGAACAAAAAUCAUAAUUAUGAAAUUGAUGAGAGCUGAGAGGUUUAAGUUUGAGACUUUAAGUGGAGACAUUCUCUUAUUGUUUGGGAGGAAGAAUUUUUUUGCAUAAUUACUUAAUUAGGGUGGUAAAGCGUGGUGAGGCAGAGCAUAUGUGGGCGUGGGUCCAGAUCUCUCCAGGCUUUUUAAUAAGAAUUGUCUAUGUUAGGUUUUCCUUUUUAGAGGAUGACAAAGAAGUUAGGUUGGCUCGGGUGAUUCGAGGGUUAGUAAAGAUUGAAAGAGUUUGAGGCCUUUUAAAGUGGUGCUUUUUUCUAAACAACUUUUAUAUAAUAGAUAUCGAUCAGACAAGACCUCUUCAAACGUCAAAUUGUAUUUGUUGAUAUUGAUGUAGCAUGUACGAGUUUUCUAGAUCAUGCGAAGCUUGUAGAUCACUUGUUGUAUCACUAUGAGAUUACUUUCUCACUCUGGUAUAUGGUGUUUAAGUGGAGGGUACACAAACACUUCUUCCACACUCAAUCUUACAAGUAUUUUUAGAAUCUUGGCCAAGGUAAGAAAACUCGCUUAAGUCUGGUUUUUACUUAAGUAGUCUAAAAAAAGUGUUGGAUGACUUUGAACAUUAGUUUGACUAGAAAGUCAUGUUAUAAUUUUGUCUUUUCUUUGUUUGAUUGGGAGAGACUCGCUCUUGUGUCUUCACUUUUAAGGGUGUAAUGGAUUACUAGCUGUUCUCUUUUGUUUUUUUAGAUGAUCACGUUUACCUCUCUCUAGCUUAGAGGCAAAGGGGAUGACUUUGCCUAUUGGUUUAACUUGAAAGUCAUAUUAUAAUUUUUAACUUUUUUUUGUUUGAUUGAGAGUGACUCACUCUCGUGCCUUCACUUUUAAGGGUGUAUUGGAUGACUAGCUAUUCUCUUUUGUUUUUAUAGGUGAUUAUGUUUACCUCUCUUCAACGAACUCUUUUUUGGAGGCGAAAUUUUUUUUUAAAUGAUCAUGUUUACCUCUCUUCAGCAUAUUCUUUUUGAAGACAAAGUAUCUAGUGUCUCGAUAUAGCCUUAUGUAUAGGCAUGGCAACAAAACCCGUUUUCGCAGACACCCAUCUGAAUCCUUCCCGAAGUUAAUGGGAAAACCCGCUUUGAUUGAGUUUAAAUUCAUAUUUGAAUUUUCCCCAAUUAUUAUGGGAACGGAUCGGAUAACGGGAAAACUAGUUCUACACUGAACUCGUCUCGUUUAGUUCUUUAUGUACAUUAUUAUUUAUUUUUGAUAAUUUAAAAUAUUAAAUAUGUAGUCACUAUUUUGAUAUUUUAAUUUGUAUUUAUUAUUUAAAAUGUAUGUAUGAAUUUUUUUAA